AAGCUAUGGAAGCCAUUGCGUCAGAGAAUGUCGCCCAGCUUUUCGCCUGCUAAGCUGGUUUUGAGACCACAUCUUGUGUGAUGACUUAUGCGCUCUAUGAAUUGGCCACAAAUCCGCCAAUACAAGAAAAAGUCCGUGGAGAAAUUCUGCAGAUAAUGGCAAAGAAUAAACGAAACUUGACCUACGAAAGCUUAAAGGAUAUGAAAUUUUUAAAAGCUGUUAUACAAGAAACUUUGCGCAAAAAUACCAUUGUGGGAUUUAUGCCUCGCGUUUGUCGCCGUUCUUGCACUGUACGCACUUCAUGCAAUUCCCCGUUAACCAUACAAAAGGGUACCUCUGUGCUGAUACCCAUACAUGGUGUGCUUCAUAAUCCUGAUUUGUAUGCCGAACCCGACACAUUUUUACCUGAGCGUUUCUUAGAAGGCGAGGAAAAAGCAAACAAAAUAGACCCUUGUUCCUUUAUGGCUUUUGGUAUUGGUCCGAAAGUUUGCAUUGGUGAACCCUUUGCCAGACUGGAGUUAUCUCUGGCAUUGGCAUUGCUUUUGUCCGAGUUCCAGUUUUCCAUUUGUGAUAAGACCCCUUCUAAGCUAAUAUUUGAUCCGAAAAAAAGGUUCAUGUCAAUCGUGAAAAAUGGUGUACAUUUAAGCGUUAAGAGGCUGCGACACAAAGAAGAAUAG